CCCACAGACUUACAUUUAUCAGGCCCGGCUUCCUCUAGCGCAGAAAAUUCUCUGAGUGGCCCCUGCGGCCCGCCGGACCCUCCACUUCUUCUCCAGCCUAAGCAGUCUCCAACACCUCAGCUCCACAUUGUGCAGUUACCUCAGCUAAGUCCUUCGCCAGGUCCAUCUGAAGGGGCAUCUCCACCCCCCAUGCCCCCCGGCUCUGCUUCUCCGCUCAGUCAGCAUUACGACCCCACAGUGGCCAUGCUGAGGGCCCAGCAGGAAACCGCGGAGGCGAUACGACAUCUGACCUACACAUUGCGGCAGAGCAUGGACCGCUUGACCAAUGUCCUGGCCGCCAUUUUACCUCUUAUACCUCCUCAGCCUCCGUCGCCGGCUCCUUCCGGCCCGAUAGAUCCAGUUUAUUAUCCAACAAAGACAGAACCAGAAUCUGAACCUUGUUCUGUAAAUUAUGAGUUGGAAGAGAAUCACAACAGCCAGGAAGAUGAAAGUGUGCAGCAGAAUGCCACAGAACUGCCGCCAAGCUCUCCGAUCUCCCCUCCUCCCAACAAGAGGAAGAGAUUCUCUUAUUUGACUCCUCGUAAGCGCAGAGGCCGCUGGAAAAACGUGUGAAGGAAUGUACUCCUUGCACAGGCACCAGAGAACGGAGGAUAUGAACCCAUAAUGGGGCUCCUAUGA